GCUUAUGGAAAUCCAUAAAUGGACCAAGGACGGAGCACGGAGCAUGGAGGCCGGCCGUCAUGCGAACGUCCUCGCCUUGUGCCAUCCUCCGUGCCCAUCCGCAAAGUCAUCAUCAUCACCCGCCUCGUCGAUCGCAAUGACCCUCGAUAUCGCCCGCUCGAUCGACAGCGCCCUGCCGAGGCACCUGCGCAUGUGGCCGUACUGGGUCUCCUCACUGUUUCGGCGCUUGGCACUGACGGAGGCCAUGGGGGCCGUGAUGCUCCUAAACAUGCUGCGUAUCAUCUCGUCUGAAUCGGCCUCUGCCUCGGCCUCGGCCUCGGCGUCAGCAUCGGCCUCUUCUGCUGCCGGUGGGCCACCGGCGUCGUCGCCCAGAGGCACGGCCGACAGGGCGGUGUGGGGGUUGCGGCCGCUGGACACCGCCGUCGACUUGGACAGACAAUCGGCGAGGUCACUCUCAUGUCUGUCGGCCGUCUCGGGCUCGUUCUCGUGCUCUGGGUGGUAGAUGAUGUCAUGGUCAGUGAAGGACCCCUGAAUGGGGUUGCCGACGGACUUGCUGCCGGCCACUGCUUCCUUGUCUUCUUCCGCCAUUGCGUUUUUCCAUGCCAUGACGUCGGUGUCGCUGUGUCUCCUGCCGUCGCGGCGGCGGUGGGCCUCCUUUGGCGGCGAGAAGCGCUUGGUGAGGGGGGAGGUGAUGGUCACGAUGGCGUUGCUCAAGAAAUCGGACAUCUGCCGGACGAAGGACGACAUGCCCUGGCCGAUGGAGAGCAGCCGGACGGCACGCUUGGCAUGCCAACUCGAGUUGGCCUCCAGCUGCAGACACACACAUGCAUACCCAUCCAUCCAUCAGACCAACGGGCCUGCCGAGCCACCCGACGUACCUGUGAGUCGAUGAUGAUGGAGCCGACCUGUGCGGCCGUGAGCGUCACCUCGCGAGACGGAGCGGCCUCCGAUGCCAGGUCGUCCUGACCACACACACAGACACACACACACACACACACGAUACAUGAGGGCAUUAGGACGCCACGGGUGUGGUGUGGUGUGGUGUCUUGAUAGCUCUGCGUACGUGCUGCAUCAUCUUGACGAACUCGGAGUAGUUGAUCUUGCCGUCCCUGUUCCUGUCCAGGCUGCGCAUCAUUCGCUCAAUGUCCAACUCCUACGAUAUAUGCGCACAACAAAUCCCACACACACAGACACAGACAGAUCGGCCCCAUGCAUGGUAUGCCCCGUGGUGUCUGUGAGAGUGCGGGCGUCUUGCGUACGUACGUUCCAUUUGGGCCCCAGCACUUGUUUGAGGUCGUCCCGUGUGAUCUCGCCGCGAUUGUUGACAUCGAACUUGCGAAACACCCGAGAAAUCAUGUCCUGACACAGAACAGACAGACACGCCAACACGCAGUCAGUGCAUGGGCACCGAUUUCAUGUGUGUCUGUCCUGUCGCUGGGCUCACUCACCUCGUGGAGCAUGACCCGUGUGUGGAGCAUGGAGGCGACGAACUCGCCGUACUCGAUCUCCUCGUCGUGUGUGUCGUCGAUGGUCUUGAAGAUGGUCUCGAUCUCACGGUCGCUGAUCUCGAACCGCUCCUUCAUGAUGGCACAAAAAUCAUCAAACUUGAUCGUACCACAACCUGCACCAGUCAACGUUGACACACAAUGGAUGGGAGAUGCCCCUCUCUCUCUCUCCCUCUCUCUCUCUCUCUCUCUGUGUGUGUGUGUGUGUGUACCCUCUCUGUCGAAGGCCUGGAAUAUGUUUUGGAUGGAGUCGAUUUCGUCGGAUGAGAGUGAGUACGCCAACACUGUCAGCACUGCUCGCUUCAGGUGGGUCGCACGCACAAACCUGACGACACAACCGCACACAGACACACACACACAAAGGGAGAGAGAUGUGCAAGCAUGCCACUCCCCCUCUCUCUCUCCCCCGCCCUGUCUGGCGUGUGUCGACGGCUGACUUUUUCAUGUUGGUGAGUGUGUCCGAGGGGAUCUCCCUGCUGCUGAGGGGGUUGGUGUUGUGGAGCCCCUGCAGCCAUGGGUGGUGGAUGGCCUGCUCCACCGUCAGCCGCUUCACAGGGUUGAGUAGCAGACACCGCCGGAUGAAGUCCUUCCCCUCGGCUGACACGUCCUCCCACCUGCACACCCACAGAGAGGCCUCCCUGUGCGGGUGGUGGGGGUGUCUAUGUGUGUGUGUGUGUGUGUGUUGGUGUGGGUCGUACACUCUGCCCUCGAACGAGUAAUGCCCCUUUGAGAUUCUCCGGAUGACCUCAUCUCUGUUUUUGGAGUAGAAGGGGGGCUGGCCGCUCAUGAGCAUGUAGGCAAUCACGCCCAUCGACCACAUGUCACACGCUGCACCACACACACGCACGCACACACACACGAUCAACAUGGUCUGCACGAGCUGUAUCUUCUCCUCUCCUCUCCACUCACCGCUCGUGUAGUGCUGGUGGGUCAGAACCCUUCAUUUGCAACACACAUGGACACAAGGACAGAGCAGUGAACAUGAGCCAACAUAGACAGCGUCGGUCGGUGCCUUUGUGUGCGUGUCCGUGCGCUGGUAGUACUCUGGUGCGAUGUAGUAGAUGGUGCCCACGAUCGACCUCGUGCUCUCGGGCACGUUGUGGAGCCGCAUCGAAAAACCAAAAUCAAUCAGCUGUCCAGAACAGACACAAAAGGGGGAAGGACACCCAAACCAAAUCGAUCAUACACGCCCAUCCAAGUGUUCGCAGGCCCUACUCACCUUGAGGUUUGCGUGAGGCUCGGUGUGCUCAUACAGCCAGUUCUCGAGCUUGAGGUCGCGGUGGACGAUGCCGAACCUGUGCAGAUACUGAACCGCCUGUCGAGGACACACACAGGUUCCUCUUCUCCCUGUAGCUUGUCGAGUGUUACCUUGAGCAUCUGUAGCGUAGCUGUGGCGGCGUCGUAUUCCGAGUAAGUCUCGGCAGAUAUGAGGCGAUCGUACAGCUGGGCGCCCGAGCAAUACUCCAUCACCAAAUGGACCUCGCGGUCGUCCUGUGCAUCGACACAACACACAGCUCUCUCUCUCUCUCUCUCUGUGUGUGUGUGUGUGUGUGUGUGUGUGUGGUAUACCUCAUAGAUCUCCAGCAAUCGUGCGAUGUGCGGGUGGUCGAGCUUGCGGUAGAGCGUGGCCUCGUUGAUCAGAAUGGAUAUCAUGUCCGCGUCCACACCAUGCUUCUUGAACGACUUGACUGCACACACACACCAACGACACACCCACACAGUCACAGACAGCGAGGGCAAAUCUCUCUCUCGUCCCUUCUCAGGCGCCAAGCGUCCUUUCGGCUCACCGGCGUAUUUCUUGCGGCCGAGUUUGUCCGUGACGAGUAUGACAGGUCCGGAGAAGCCGCUGCCGAGGAUGGGAGCCUCAUCUCGCUCGUAUCUUUCCCAGAUGUCACCACGGUACACACGCCCGACGUCCUUGAAGUGAACCCUGGUGGGCAGCGACAGCAAGUGCCGCUUCCUCUGACCACACACAGCUCCACAGUUGCCCAUGCUGCGAAACCAAAA